AUGGAUUCUCCUGAUAUUUGGACGUAUAACAUUCUGUUAGGUGGUCUCUGUGACAACGGGGAGCUAGAGAGAGCGUUGGUGAUAUUUGAAGAUAUGCAAAAGAAGGAAAUGGGUCUUGAUAUCGUCACGUAUACUACUAUUAUCCAGGGGAUGUGCAAGGCUGGUAUGGUUGAAGAAGCUUGGGGUUUGUUUUGUAGCCUCGGCGUCAAAGGAGUGAAGCCUGACGUUGUGACAUACACUACGAUGAUGUUAGGCUUGUUUAGGAAAGGGCUACAUGGUGAAAUAGAUUCGUUGUAUAUGAAAAUGAAAAGGGACGGGCUUAUGCUGAAUGACGGCACGUUGUGUCUUAGUGAUGGUGACAUAACUGCGUCAGCUGAACUUAUCAAAGAAAUGUUGAGCUGUGGCAAUGCACCGUCUUUACUCAGAGGCAGAGAAUCUAAGGGAUGCAGCAAAGUUGUGUCUAUCUUGUGA